UGUCCCGGCUGCAGCUCUGCACAGGCCCUGGACACAAGAGAUCGAGGCUCCGUCGUCGCAGCAAUAGCAUCGAACUAGAGAGCUAGCCGUCGAGGCCGCGACCGAUCCAUCGGCCGGUCACGCGGAGCAGGAGCUUGAGGCUCGAGGUGGUGGUGCGCGCGCAGCUCGCAGCUGGACCUUGUCGGAAGAACGAUGGGGAAGGGCCGGGCACCGUGCUGCGCCAAGGUGGGGCUCAACAAGGGCUCCUGGACGCCGGAGGAGGACAUGCGCCUCAUCGCCUACAUUCAGAAGUACGGCCACGCCAACUGGCGCGCCCUGCCCAAGCAAGCAGGUUUGCUGCGGUGCGGGAAGAGCUGCCGGCUGCGGUGGAUCAACUACCUCCGGCCGGACCUCAAGCGCGGCAACUUCACCGCCGAGGAGGAGGAGACCAUCAUCAAGCUCCACGGCAUGCUCGGCAACAAGUGGUCCAAGAUCGCGGCGUGCCUGCCGGGCCGGACGGACAACGAGAUCAAGAACGUCUGGAACACGCACCUGAAGAAGCGGGUGUCGCCGGCCGGGGAGGAGCGCGGCGCCGGCUCCAAGAAGAAGAAGAAGAAGGCCGCUGGCGCCGGGGAGCCAGCGGCCCCGUCGCCGUCGCCGUCCUCGUCCACCACGACGGCGACGACCAACUGCUCCAGCGGCGACUCCGGCGAGCAGCAGAGCGACGCGAGCAAGGUGCCCGACGAGCUGGGCCUGGAGGAGCUCGAGAUGAUCCCCAUGCUCGACGACCCGGCCUUCGACUUCGACAUGCUGGUGGACGCCGCGCCGGAGCCGUACUGCCCGGCCGCGUCCGUGUCCGUGCCCACGUCGCCCUGCGCCUCGUCCACGUCCCCGCCGGCGCCCGCCCGGCCCGGCGUGGACGAGCUCCUCGACCUGCCGGAGAUCGACAUCGACCACGAGCUGUGGAGCAUCAUCGACGGCGACGGCGGCGGCGCCUGCACCGUCGUCUCCGCCGCCGGAACGCCGGCGCCGUGCCAGAGCAAUGCAACAGAGCCGAACGCCGCCAGCACGACCAGCCAGGGGGCGGAGUGGUGGUUGGAGGACCUGGAGAAGGAGCUGGGCCUGUGGGGCCCCAUCGAGGACUACCAGUACCCGGUGGGCCCACAGGGUCCGAUCGCCCACCCGGGCACACUCCCUGCCAUGGUGGACGACCCGGUGUCCUGCUACUUCCAAGCGGGCCCCGCCCCGGCCACGCUCCAGCAGGACCCCGCAUACUCUGCUGUGGUUACAAGUAGUAACCAGCUGGGUUUCUGAGAUAAUUCUAUCUCAUCGUCCGUUUCUGAUUCUUAGAUAGAAAAUCCUCAGCCUGAUCGUACGGCUACGAUUGGUACAAGCAUAAUACACUGUAUAAUUGUACAAGUCCAUGGCUCAAGACGAGCACAAACUCAACACGAAUACGUCGAUGGAAAUGAAUCAUCACCGUCGUGUGUAUUAAAAA